GCGGCCGCGGGGGGCGCUGUGCCGCUGCGGCUGCGGCCUGGGUGCCUAGGCUCGGGCAGCCGCGCCGUGACGCUCAGUCGCGCGGCUCCGGGCGGGAGUGGAGACAACGCGGCGGCGGCAGGAUGAACAGCAUCAAGAACGUGCCGGCGCGGGUGCUGAGCCGCAGGCCAGGCCACAGCCUGGAGGCGGAGCGCGAGCAGUUCGACAAGACGCAGGCCAUCAGCAUCAGCAAAGCCAUCAAUAACCAGGAGGCCCCUGUGAAGGAGAAGCAUGCCCGGCGCAUCAUCCUGGGCACGCACCAUGAGAAGGGGGCCUUCACCUUCUGGUCCUAUGCCAUCGGCCUGCCACUUUCCAGCAACUCCAUCCUCAGCUGGAAGUUCUGCCACGUGCUGCACAAGGUCCUUCGAGAUGGGCACCCCAACGUUCUGCAUGACUGCCAGCGGUACCGGAGCAACAUCCGGGAGAUUGGGGAUCUGUGGGGGCAUCUGCACGACCGAUACGGACAUCUGGUGAAUAUUUACACCAAACUUCUGCUGACCAAAAUCUCCUUCCACCUCAAGCACCCCCAGUUUCCUGCAGGUCUGGAGGUGACAGACGAAGUGUUGGAGAAGGCAGCGGGAACCGAUGUCAACAACAUCUUCCAGCUCACCGUGGAGAUGUUUGACUACAUGGACUGCGAGCUGAAGCUGUCUGAGUCAGUUUUCCGGCAGCUCAACACGGCCAUCGCGGUGUCCCAGAUCUCCUCGGGCCAGUGCCGCCUGGCCCCGCUCAUCCAGGUCAUCCAGGACUGCAGCCCCCUCUACCACUACACGGUCAAGCUCAUGUUCAAGCUGCACUCCUGUCUCCCCGCUGACACCCUGCAGGGCCACCGGGACCGGUUCCACGAGCAGUUCCACAGCCUCAGAAACUUCUUCCGUCGAGCCGCCGACAUGAUCUACUUCAAGCGGCUCAUCCAGAUACCCCGGCUGCCCGAGGGACCUCCCAACUUCCUGCGGGCCUCGGCACUGGCGGAGCACAUCAAGCCUGUGGUGGUGAUCCCUGAGGAGGCCCCCGAAGAUGAGGAGCCCGAGAACCUCAUUGAGAUCAGCACGGGGCCCCCUGCCGGGGAGCCAGCGGUGGCGGCCGACCUCUUUGAUCAGACGUUUGGACCCCCCAAUGGCUCUGUGAAGGAUGACAGAGACCUGCAGAUCGAGAGCUUGAAGAGAGAGGUGGAGCUGCUCCGCACCGAGCCCGAGAAGAUCAAGCUGGAGGCCCAGCGGUACAUUGCACAGAUGAGGGGCCAGGUGAAUGCGCUGGAGGCAGAGCUGGAGGAGCAGCGGAAGCAGAAGCAGAAAGCCCUGGUGGACAAUGAGCAGCUCCGUGAGGAGCUGGUCCAGCUCAGGGCCGCCCUGCUGGAGGGCGAGCGGAACCAGGGGCUGCGGGAGGAGGCCGAGAAGAAGGCGAGCGCCACGGAGGCACGCUACAACAAGCUGAAGGAGAAGCACAGUGAGCUGGUCAGCAUCCAUGCGGAGCUGCUCCGGAAGAAUGCAGACACGGCCAAGCAGCUGACGGUGACGCAGCAGAGCCAGGAGGAAGUGGCGCGGGUGAAGGAGCAGCUGGCCUUCCAGAUGGAGCAGGCUCGACGGGAGUCGGAGAUCAAGCUGGAGGAGCAGAGCGACCAGCUGGAGAAGCUGACGAGGGAGCUGGAGGCCAAGGCCACGGAGCUGGCCCGCGCGCAGGAGGCCCUGAGCCGCACAGAGCAGAGUGGGUCGGAGCUGAGCGUGCAGCUGACCACGCUGAGUGCCGAGAAGGACGCGCUGAGCAGUGCCGUGCGGCAGCGGGAGGCUGACCUGCUAGCUGCGCAGGACCUGGUGCGUGAGAAGGAGGCGGCCUUGAGCCAGGAGCAACAGCGCGGCGCCUGUGAGAGGGGCGAGCUGCAGGGGCGGCUGGCCGAGAAGGAGUCUCAGAGGCAGGGGCUGCAGCAGAAGCUUACGGACGAGCAGUUUGCGGUGCUCCAGGGUGCAGCGGCUGAAGCCGAAAACAUUCUGCGGGAUGCCGUGGGCAAGCUGGAUGACCCCCUGCACCUGCGGUGCACUAGCUCCCCAGACUACCUGGUGAGCCGAGCCCAGGCUGCCCUGGACACCGUGAGCGCCCUGGAGAACGGCCACGCUCAGUACCUGGCCUCCAUGUCGGAUGCCUCUGCCCUGGUGGCAGCCCUGACCCGGUUCUCCCACCUGGCCGCGGACACCAUCAUCAAUGGCAGUGCCACCGCACACCUGGCACCCACCGACCACGCUGACCGCCUGAUGGACACCUGUAGGGAGUGCGGGGCCUGCAGCCUGGAGCUGGUGAGGCAGCUGCAGGACCGGCAGGCUCUGCUGCAGGCCCAGCCUGGCCUGGUGCGGAUGCCCCUGCAGGGUAUCCUUCAGCUGGGUCAGGAGCUGAAGCCCAAGAGCCUGGAUGUGCGUCAGGAGGAGCUUGGGGCCAUGGUCGACAAGGAAAUGGCAGCCACAUCAGCGGCCAUCGAAGACGCUGUGCGGAAGAUCGAGGACAUGAUGAACCAGGCCCGGCACGCAAGCUCUGGGGUGAAGCUGGAAGUGAACGAGAGGAUCCUCAAGUCCUGCACAGGCCUGAUGAAGGCCAUCCGGCUCCUGGUGAUGACGUCCACCAGCCUGCAGGAGGAGAUCGUGGAAAGUGGCAGGGGGGCAGCCACGCAGCAGGAAUUUUACGCCAAGAAUUCCCGGUGGACUGAAGGCCUCAUCUCUGCCUCCAAGGCAGUGGGCUGGGGGGCCACGCAGCUGGUGGAGUCGGCUGACAGGGUGGUCCUCCACACUGGCAAGUACGAGGAGCUCAUCGUCUGCUCCCACGAGAUCGCAGCCAGCACUGCCCAGCUGGUGGCUGCCUCCAAGGUGAAGGCCGACAAGCACAGCCACCACCUUAGUCGCCUGCAGGAGUGCUCCCGCACAGUCAACGAGAUGGCUGCCAACGUGGUGGCCUCCACCAAGUCAGGCCAGGAGCAAAUCGAAGACAGAGACACCAUGGACUUCUCAGGCCUGUCCCUCAUCAAGCUGAAGAAGCAGGAGAUGGAGUCCCAGGUGCGCGUGCUGGAGCUGGAGAAGACCCUGGAGGUGGAGCGCGUACGCCUGGGGGAGCUGAGGAAGCAGCACUAUGUGCUGGCCGGCGCGGUGGGCACGCCUGGAGAGGGGGAGCCCGGCCGGCCCAGCCCUGUCCCCCGCAGCGGGGCCCCCGAGAAGCCGCCCCUGGCCCACAAGCCCACUGUGGGUCCCAGGCAGGACCACCAGCUGGACAAAAAGGACAGCGUCUACACAGCUCAGCUCGUGAACUACUAGGCACCCGGGCCACAGCAGGGAGGCUGGUGGCAGCCUUGCGCUCACGUGGCUCCCCUGAGCUGGCGCAGGCCUCUGAGGGCACGGGCUCCCGCAGGUGGCAGCAGCCCAUGCCCAAGGAGCGGGCAGGACUGCGCAGUCAGCCCCGGGCUGUGUCUCUUUAUCUGCAAUAGGAAGCUUCAGAGCAGCGGGCCCACCGGCCCGAGCACUAACUCUUCAGGAAACACAUGAGCGUUGUUCAUGUUCAGAGCUGCUCUCUUCUUUAUAAGUUUCUACUCUGCACACUGGGAAACAGGGCCAUUUGGGGACAAUGGGGUGAGGACCUCCUGUCUGGACUCAAGGUCCAACCAACAUCACCUCUCUUUGUGGCCUUCUUGGGGCACUGAAUCCACGGGCCCCCUGGCUGGCUGAGAUGCUCUUGGGUGGGGUGGGGGGCGUCAGAGGAGCAGGGGGGAUGUGAGAGCGUGUGUGACAUGGAGAUGUGUCAGAGUGUGUAUGAAUGAGUGUGUGUGUGGGACAGGUGUAUGUCAGUAGAGAACGUGUAUGAAUGAGUGUGAGUGUGACAGAGCGUACAGACGAGACAGUAUGUUACAGAAGAGGCCGAACUAAUGUGGGAGGGGACUGGCGUGGCCUCUGAAGCCUCCCGCCGGCGUGGGGCAGGUCUCUGGGCAUAGGGACAGCCUUUGCAUCUGGGGUUUCCAGUGUUCAUGCCCAAAUAAGGCUGCCCCCGGGGGCCCAUGAAGGCAGCUUCUGGUCAGCCAGCUUCCUAUACCUCCCACCUUACAGAGCUCUCUCCAGCCCUCCUAAAGGGGGAACUUGGCCCCUCUGGCAGAUCAGGGUGCCUGGUGCUGACAGGAAGCGCUGUCUGGGUCUCUCUGUCUCUCUGAAGGGGUGGCCUGGCCCCAUCUGAGCCGGCAGACUGGGCCCAUUUGCAUUCCUGCAGGGGGGUCAGAGGUGAGGGGAGGAAGGGCUACCCCCAGCGCCCUCAGCCCUGUGCUGGCUCUGACACCGCUGAGGUGUGGAGAUGCACAAGAGGGCCUGCUCUUUGACUUGGUGUGUAGCAUUUCCUUUUGUUGAGGUGGCAGACUGGCAAUAAAACUCUUGACUGUUGUAACCACUGCCCCCUGCUCUUCAUUUCUCCCUGUCAGGCCCUGGCCGGGACCACUUCAGCUAAGUUUCUUCAAAUAACAACAGAGCACUCGGGCCACAGAAAAAGGUGUUAAUGCUGCUUCUGGUUCUGCCAAAAGUGUCUCUGCCUUUUUCUCUGGAAGAUUUCUGUAACUUCAAGCCCUGAGACUGUCUGCCUGUUUACAGUGACCCCUUCCUUUCAGGUAGGAGGCUGGUAGUCAGAAACUUAGGCUUUUCUCACCAUCUGAAAGCUUCCCUCUGAGGCCACCUGUGUGCCCAACCUGGAUCCCAAAUGGCCAGGUGGGGCCCCACCACACCUCCCAAAGCCCCUGGCUUUCGGACAGCUGAAACCAGGCCUCUUUAGGAAAGAUUGACUGCACGGCCACACACAGCCUUCUUAUUUAUUAAACCACAAAUGAGUUCCAACUCAUGGUGACCCAGUGGGUGUCACAGUAGAACUGUGCUCUAUAGGGUUUUCAAUGGCUGGUAUUGCAGAAGUACAUCACCAAGCCUUUAUCCUGAGGAGCCUUUUGGUUAGAGUUAACCAUUGCACCACCCGUGGACUCCUCAUACGUAUUAAGAGGACUUAAGCAUCCAGAAUUCUGGGACUGCGACAGCAUGAGCAUUGUCUAGGAUCCCAACUGUCCCACACCAAAAAACACAAAGACAUCUGUGUCCUCUGGACUCUGACAGAGGACAAGAGUGAGGAGCUACAGAUGGAACCAAGUUAGAGAGCCUCAUACACUGCUGAAGGUAUGGACUAAAAUGGAGUUAUAACAGAGAGGGAGCAGUAAGUUAUACGUAGAAAGCUUUUGUAUGUUGCUGAGGUUUGGAGCCCUGGUGGCACAGUGGUUAAGAGCUUGGCUGCUAACCAGAAGGUCAGCAGUUCAAAUCC